CCAAUGGAUUAAAAACAACAAAAACCUUCUUCGCCCGCACAGAUUCUUCACCUUGAAAGAAAAAAAAGACCCAAUCACAUUAUUUCCCCAGAUCCAAAUCAAUCAAUGCCAUCAUCUCUAGUUAGGGUUCUCUCAAAUCCCUAAUUCGCCGAGCUGCCAUCAAUCAAUCAAUCUCCUUUGGAGAUUUUCGAAUCAUCCAUCAUCGAGGUCUGUUUCUCCUCUUCCGCCGGCUGAAUUUAAGAUCAGAGCCGCGAAAUUCGUCAGCUAGGUUUAGAUCGUGAUUUGGGAUUUUAGGGUUUCGGUUAGUGGUGUAUCGAAUUGGGACUCCCUUACAUGUGCAAGCCUUAAAGUCGGAAGCUUUCAUCAUUUUCGUCCUUCAAAGAGUUUCUUCUGCUCAAGAGAAUCGAUUGUUGAAGUUUGUAACUUUAUAAAGACUACGAGGGGAUGUUUAGUUCUACAUUGGAUAACAGCCGUGGGAACAGUGCUGCGGCAGGGCAGGUUGUUACUCCCACGCGCUUCGUGUGGCCUUAUGGAGGUAGAAGGGUCUACCUAAGCGGAUCUUUCACCAGGUGGACAGAACAUGUGCCAAUGUCUCCAAUUGAAGGCUGCGCUACUGUUUUUCAAGUUAUUUGCAACUUGACUCCCGGAUAUCAUCAGUAUAAGUUUUUUGUUGAUGGCGAGUGGCGGCACGAUGAGCACCAACCGUUUGUAACUGGAAAUGGUGGAGUAGUGAAUACUAUAUUUAUAACUGGACCAGAUAUGGUUGCCACGAGUUGUAACUCAUCUAGCAUGGAUGUGGAUGAUUUCUCCCAGCGAACGGCUGAUCCAUCCCAGGAAUCUAUCCCUAGGAUGUCAGGAGGUGAUUUGGAGAUGUCUCGUCACCGUAUAUCUGCUUUACUGUCAAACCGCACUGCAUAUGAAUUGCUCCCAGAGUCGGGCAAGGUUAUUGCAUUGGAUGUAAAUUUACCAGUAAAGCAAGCGUUCCAUAUACUUUAUGAGCAGGGAAUCCCUUUGGCUCCUCUUUGGGACUUUGGUAAAGGCCAAUUUGUUGGAGUUCUUGGUCCACUGGACUUCAUUAUAAUACUGAGAGAGCUUGGAACUCAUGGAUCGAACUUGACAGAAGAAGAGCUUGAGACGCACACCAUAGCAGCAUGGAAAGAGGGGAAGGCUCAUAUUUGCAGACAAUAUGAUGGAAUUGGGAGACAAUAUCCUAGGCCACUUGUUCAGGUUGGGCCUUAUGAUAAUCUGAAAGACGUUGCCCUCAAAAUUUUGCAAAACAAGGUGGCAGCCGUUCCAGUUAUUUAUUCGUCUUUACAGGAUGGGUCAUAUCCGCAGUUACUGCAUCUUGCUUCACUAUCAGGCAUAUUAAAAUGUAUAUGCAGGUACUUCAGACAUUCGUCUAGCUCUUUGCCAAUCCUUCAGCAGCCCAUUUGUUCAAUUCCCCUGGGCACUUGGGUCCCUAGAAUCGGAGAAUCAAGUAGCAAACCUCUCGCUACAUUGAAACCACACGCCUCUUUGGGUUCUGCGCUCACAUUAUUAGUUCAAGCUCAAGUCAGUUCAAUUCCAGUAGUGGAUGAUAAUGACUCACUUAUUGACAUAUACUCCCGAAGUGACAUAACUGCUCUAGCUAAAGAUAAGGCAUACGCACAGAUUCAUCUUGAUGACAUGACGGUUCACCAGGCGCUGCAGUUGGGGCAAGAUUCGAGUCCGCCAUAUGGAUCUCUCAACGGGCCGAGAUGUCAGAUGUGCUUGCGGUCAGACUCUCUUGGGAAAGUGAUGGAGCGGUUGGCGAAUCCAGGAGUAAGGAGGCUGGUGAUAGUGGAAGCAGGGAGCAAACGUGUUGAAGGUAUCAUAUCUUUAAGUGAUGUUUUCCGAUUCCUACUCGGUCUUUGACUACUACUCAAGAGCGCUCUACUUUCUCGUUUCCUCAAAUCAAAACUACCCAACAUUGUACUUUAUUUGUGUGUGGUCUUUGCAAGGAAUAUGUAAAGUUGCUACGAACCCCACUUCUUCAUUGUUUUCUUCUAUUUAUUUUUGUUGUUUUUAGUUGAACUUGUUUCUUUCCAUUCUUGUGAAAGAUAAUUGGCUUACCGAAAUCUUUACUAGUUAGUUUCUC